AACAAAUGAAAAAGGCUUAGUAAGACAGUUAUGCUCACAAAUCUCGCCUAAACAGCGCCCCCUCAGUCACUCUCUUUUUCUCUCGCCGGAUUAACGGUAACGGUCAUAUUUCCGAUCAUCUUUUAAAAAAAAAGUUUCUAAACUCAAAGCCGCCCCUUCUCACUGCUAAGUUUAAUUGUUCUGAAUCUUAAUCUCUGUAAAUUCGUUUUUCUUUGUACACUUCAUAUUAUCGUUACUUAACAGAGGUUUAUGGUUUGAUAUAUGGAAAUUGGAAUAGACGAAAAAAUUAGGGUUUUGAGAUUGUUGAAGGAUAAAUAAUGAGAUGUGAAGAAGUGUGGUUUCAAUUUUGGAUUUCAUGAUGGUAGCGGCAGUUUCUACAACGUUAAACCCCAAAACGACACCGAAUCAUAACAGUAGAACUGCUGCAACAAGAAGGCCGCCUCUAAUACCAUCAGAGCCUGACAAUGCUAAUGCUAAUGCUAAUGCAAUCGCUCCUCCUCGCCGACCUAAAUCACGGGAAGUUAGUUCUCGUUACAUGUCCUCACCUUCUACUUCUACUUCUACUUCUUCCACCCCUAAACGGUCUCCGUCGCCGUUGAUUUCGCGUCCAGCGGCUAUGAUGACUCCAAUUUCAUCCGCUCCUUCCACUAUUAAACGGUCCGUAUCCGCCGAGCGUAGACGGCCUUCUACGCCGCGUUUUAAUUCCACAGAUUGGAGGGUUAACGGUAAUGGAGUGGAGAUGUCUAGUGCAGAGAGAAUGUUGAUUACUUCAACUAGAAGCUUGUCGGUUUCGUUUCAAGGAGAGUCGUUUUCUUAUCAGGUUAGUAAAGCGAAACCUGCGGUGACUCCGUCUGCCAUAAGAAAAGGUACGCCGGAGAGGAGAAAAGCGACUCCGAUGCCUGCCAGAGGAGCGGAUCAAGUGGAGAAUAAUUCGAGGCCGUGGCCAGGAAGAUCGCGUGAACCGAAUUCCUUAAGUAGGAGUGUGGAUUGGACGGAUGAUAGGAGGAAAUUAGCUGGAUCUGGAGUGAAUUUGAAUGUUGUUAGGGCAUUGCAAAACUCUAUGAUGGAUUAUGGUAGUAAUAAUAAUAGUAGUAAUAUUAGGUCUUCAAUUGUUAAUAGAUUAAGCUCUGAUUCUAUCAGCAUUAUUGAUGUUAAUCGAUCAGAUACACAUUAUGAUCAUUCUGUUGCUUCUGAUACUGAGAGUGUGUCCUCUGGUAGCACUACUGAGGGUGUUGGUAAUGGUGGACGAGCGAGGGGAGUGUGUGUGCCUGCUAGAUUUUGGCAAGAGACUAAUAACAGAACACGGCGCCAGCCAGAGCCUGGCUCUCCUGUUUCAAGGACUGCUGGGGGGCUAAAAGGACUUGUACCACCUAAACUAAUUGCACCCAAGAAGAUUGGAAUUGAUAGUCCAGUAUCAUCUCCUAAAGGCACUGUUAAUAGUAGGAGACAGUCAUCUCCGAUUCGUGGUGGUGGUGUGUUACGGCCGGCAUCUCCGAUUCGUGGUGGUGGUGUGUUACGGCCGGCAUCUCCAAGUAAGCUUGGGACUCCAUCAGCUGCUUUGUCACCUGUAAGAGGUGUGAGCCCGUCGAGGAUGAGGAAUGUUGUUGGAGCUGUAGUGAAUAGCAAUAUAGGCAAUAUGAAUACUACUAAUACGCCUUCAAUUUUGAGUUUUGCUGCUGAUAUUCGGAGAGGUAAGAGUGGGGAACAUCGCAUUGUUGAGGUGCAUUUGUUGAGGAUUUUGUAUAAUCGACUGCUGCAGUGGCGUUUUGUCAAUGCGAGAGCUGAUACUUCCUUGUCGGCCCAGAGGAUGAAUGCAGAGAAAAGCUUGUACACUGCACGUGUAACAAUUUUGAAACUGCGGGAAUCUGUAAUUGCAAAAAGAACUGCCUUACAAUGUCUGAGGCAAAAUUUGAAGAUAAUUUCCAUUCUCAAGGGGCAGAUGAUAUAUUUGGAAGAGUUGGCACAUAUGGAUCAGGAAUUUUCCUGUUCUCUUUCUGGGGCUAUUGAAGCUUUGAGGGCUAGUACACUCCGCCUACCAGUUGUUGGCGGAGCAAGGGCUGAUAUCCCUAACGUGAAGGAUGCUGUCUGUUCGGCAGUUGAUGUGAUGCAGGCAAUGGCAUCCUCAAUAUGCCUACUAUCAUCAAAGGUUGGGGAUGUGAACUCGCUGGUCGUUGAACUUGCCAAUGUAGCUUCAAAGGAACGCGCUUUGCUUGAUCAGUGCAAGGAUCUCUUGUCUAUAAUUGCAGCCCUACAGGUGAAGGAAUGUAGCCUGAGAACACAUUUUAUACAACUAAAACGUGUCCCGUUCAGCCUAACAUCAAACGUGUAAAGCUCAUUUCACUUGACUGCCAACCCGAAAAUGCUAACAUCAAACCAGACACUUUUUUUUUCUUCGGAUUCAAGGAGCCGGAUAUAAUAGAGAGGCAUUGAAUGGUUUUUUGGCUUGUAAAAGCAGAAGAGUGUCACUUGGCCCGUUAGAUACGGCGGGCGGCGUAUGGUAAAUGCAUUAUGCAAAGAUGGCAUGAAGUUGUCAUUGCUGAUAUGCAGAUUAGGGGGUAUUUUGUAUAGAGGCACUUUCUCUAUAAGGGCGUAGAAAAAUAUAUGUAAAUAUGCUUUUAUUAAUAGUUUGAUGAUGUUCACACCUGCUAA